CCAAGAGGCCUGACGCCUGCCUCACUCUCUCGCUUCGAAAAUGGCGAAUGAAAUUCAGUUCUUUGAGUUGAACACCGGAGCCAAGAUCCCGUCUUUGGGAUUAGGGACCUGGCAAUCCAGCCCUGGUGUCGUCGGCGACGCCGUUGCCACCGCCGUCAAGGCAGGGUAUCGCCACAUUGAUUGUGCUCAACGCUAUGGAAAUGAAAAGGAGAUUGGUUUGGUUCUGAAGAAGUUGUUCGAAGAUGGUGUGGUGAAGCGUGGGGAUUUGUGGAUUACUUCCAAACUCUGGUGUACUGAUCAUGCCCCAGAAGAUGUAACAGUGGCAUUGGAAAAGACUUUGAGAGACUUGCAGCUGGAUUAUGUUGACUUGUACCUUAUGCAUUGGCCAGUGCGGUUGAAGAAGGGCUCAGUAGAUUUUAGUCCCGAAAACCUUAUACAACCAGAUAUCCCUGCCACAUGGAGAGCAAUGGAAUCUCUCUAUGAUUUGGGUAAGGCUCGAGCUAUUGGUGUGAGCAAUUUCUCUACAAAGAAGCUGUCAGAUUUGCUGGAUGUGGCACGCGUUCUUCCUGCUGUUAACCAAGUGGAGUGUCAUCCUUCAUGGCAGCAGGCCAAGCUACAUUUAUUCUGUAAAUCCAAGGGAGUUCAUGUAUCUGGAUAUUCACCGCUUGGUUCUCCUGGCACCACAUGGAUCAAAAGUGACGUCCUUGAGAAUCCGGUUCUGAACACGGUUGCAGAGAAACUAGGGAAAACUGCUGCACAAGUUUCUCUUCGAUGGGGUCUGCAAACGGGUCAUAGUGUUCUUCCAAAGAGUACUAAUGAAGCAAGGAUCAAGCAGAACUUCGAUGUCUUUGGCUGGUCUAUCCCAGAGGACUUGUUCACCAAGCUUUCUCAAAUUGAGCAGGCUAGACUGGUAAGAGGGACUUCAUUUGUUCAUGACACUUUUGGUCCCUACAGGAGUGUUGAGGAAUUGUGGGAUGGCGAAAUCUAGGAAGUCAGCCAGUGCACAUAUUCUUCAACUGAAUUGGAUUUUUAUGGGUAUGGAACUAGGGAUUAUGAUCAUCAUAACCUCCCAAACCAAUUUGAUCACAAAGUUGUAAACUUUUCUUCAGUUUAUUUAAACAUUGCUGAAAAUAUAACUCUUAAUGUUGUUUUAUGACGUUAUCGGUUAUCCUA